CAGGCUGGAGUGCACUGGCAGCAAUCACAGCUCAUUGCAUCCUGGGCUCGAAUGAGGCUCCCACUUCAGCAUUCUGAGUGACUAGGACUGCAGGCUCAUCACCACACCAGGCCUCAAGCUCCUCCAGGAAAUGAUGCUCCCCUUUGCUUUACUUCUUGCCAUGGGGCUCCCACUGGUGGGAACCAAUAUCACCGACGUUGGUCGGGACUGGACCUUUAAUCUGAAAUGCCAAGAAUGCUCAAUCAUAAAUGACUUCAACUGUGAUAAAGUAUUAGAAUGUCCCUAUCACAUCAGGCGCUGUUUGAUAAUCUCCAUUCGUUUGAACCCACGGGAACUGUUUGUUUUUAAGAACUGUACAUUCAACUGCACAUUUGUAUACGAAUCUCAAAUGCCUCCUGAAACCCCAAGAAAACGCUACAAAGCUAAUAGUUUCUACUUUGUUCGUUGUUGUAGUGGCAUGCUUUGCAAUACGGGAGGACCUACUAAUGUUGAAAGGGACUUGGUGCCUGAGGGAACAAUUGAGGAGGAGCUUCCAGAUGGAGCUAUGAGUUUCUGGGAGUGGAAAUAUGUCCCAAUCUUUGCCUGUAUCAUAGUCAGCAAUACACUGACUUGAGAACUCCUGGGAAGUGCUGCUCACCUUCCCCACUCCUCAGAGAAAUUUUGCUCUCAUCGCCCCCUUUUAAAUCAGAGAUACUGAUCACAGUGCCUCCAGUUGGUUUAAUUAUGGCUUA